GGAAGGGGAAUCUUGGCCACGACGUCGUUUCAUAGCAUUGCCUUCUUGUCCCUCGAUUGCGUAACUGAAACGCCGAGAGCUCUCCCCUUCACUGUUUUAGAACAAUCUGGAGCAGGAAGAUUCUUGUACGGACAUGGCCUCCUCAGCCGCCAUAGAAGGCGCCGCCGCCGCAUCGGCGGCGCUCAGGUCUGUGCUUCAGCGCGUUCAGCUAGCGGCCGAACGGUCCGGUCGUGGGCCUCAGCAGAUCCGAGUAGUAGCUGUUAGCAAGACCAAGCCGGUUUCCAUCAUUCGUCAAGUCUACGAUGCUGGCCACCGAUGCUUUGGCGAGAAUUACGUUCAGGAACUCGUUGAAAAGGCUCCUCAGCUUCCAGAGGAUAUUGAAUGGCAUUUCAUCGGGAAUUUGCAGAGCAACAAAGUGAAACCACUUCUGUCUGGCGUCCCAAACCUGGCAGUUGUAGAGAGUGUAGAUGAUGAAAAGAUUGCUAACCGUUUGGAUCGGAUGGUUGAAAGUAUUGGGAGGAAGCCUCUUAAAGUGUUUAUCCAAGUGAAUACAAGUGGAGAAGAAUCAAAAUCAGGUGUUGAGCCCUCUGGGUGUGUGGAGCUUGCUAAACAUGUUAGCUUGAACUGCCCAAAUCUUCAGUUUUCUGGGCUAAUGACAAUUGGAAUGUUAGAUUAUACAUCCACACCAGAAAACUUCAAGUUAUUGGCUAACUGUAGAACUGAGGUUUGCAAAGCACUUGAAAUAUCAGAAGAACAAUGUGAGCUAUCAAUGGGAAUGUCAGCAGACUUCGAACAAGCUGUUGAAAUGGGAAGUACAAAUGUGAGGAUCGGAUCUACCAUAUUUGGAGCGAGGGAAUAUCCCAAGAAAAAGUGAAUUUUGCAUAUUAGAGAUCUAUGAGCUUCUCGUGGUAAUCAUUUUGAUGAAACAGUCUUUGUCUAAUAUAUACACCGAUCUUUGAAUAAAAUAUCAGUAAAGAAAGCAUCCAACUUCAGUAAUUAUUAGCAAAGAACACUGAAGUGAAGGCUUUAUGUUCAGAUCGACACAUCUUUGCUCCCUCUGAAGAUAGAUGGAGAUAUGAUUAUACUGAGAUUUGGAUUCAA